AUAGAUAGAUAGAUAUGGCUCUGCUCCAAAGAGCCUCACCAAAACGCCUCCCCAAUCUUUUCGGAUUCCCAAAGCGGUCCCUCAGGUCCUUACGAUUCCCCGGCGACCCCCUCGACUGUUCUUCUUCUCCAACUCUCGCUUACGGAAUCCACGUCUUUCAUUGCCCUGAUGCAGUUGGGAUUGUCUCCAAGCUGUCCGAGUCCAUUGCUUCCAGAGGAGGCAACAUACUCGCUGCCAAUGUGUUUGUUCCGGAAAACAAGCAUGUCUUCUAUUCCAGAAGUGAGUUUAUUUUUGAUCCUGUUAAAUGGACAAGAUCACAAAUGAAUGAGGAUUUCAGUAAGCUUUCACAAAUUUACGCCGCUCAUAGAUCUGUCAUCCGAGUGCCAGAUCAAGACCCUAAAUAUAAAAUUGGUGUCCUUGCCUCUAAGCAGGAUCAUUGCCUGAUUGAUUUGUUACAUCAGUGGCAGGAUGGAAAACUGCCUGUAGAUAUAGCUUGUGUAAUAAGUAAUCACGAGAGAGGUCCUAACACCAGUGUGUCUCGGUUUCUAGAAAGACAUGGUAUCCCGUAUCAUUUUCUUCACACAACCAAAGAGAAUAAAAGAGAAGAGGAGAUACUGAAGUUGGUUCAAAAUACCGAUUUUUUAGUCCUUGCGAGGUACAUGCAGAUUCUAUCUGGCAAUUUUUUAAGUAGCUAUGGAAAAGAUGUGAUUAACAUUCAUCAUGGUCUAUUGCCAUCAUUCAAGGGUGGAAGACCAUCUAAACAGGCUUUUGAUGCAGGAGUGAAGCUUAUUGGUGCAACAACGCAUUUUGUGACCCAAGAACUUGAUGCAGGGCCUAUCAUUGAGCAGAUGGAACAUUUAGAUGAGGAGUAUAUAAUGAGAUAAUAAACAGCCAAACCAAUUUGCAUCUAGUGAAAGGAAUGAACUGCUACACUGAAGAAAUUGUGAGGUGGGAUAGGCUUAGCUACUGAUUUUAUCAAAAUUAUUAGAAGUUAGUAUGCUUUUAGUUUUGUGUUUUAAGUUAGAAUAUUUGGAUUACUAGGUUCUACCUCUUUUUCUGGAUCAUGAAUUCCAAAUAGAAUGUACUUGGAUAGUUAUGGAUCUGAAAUUAAAACUUGCAUUGUCAGUUAUUGGGAGAAAUCUAAAGUUUGUGCGGUAGUGAAGCUAAAUGUCUUGACUAAGAUGGUGCAGGGACAUGAAAACUUGACAUAAAUUGGAACAGGAACUAAACAUAUUUGUUAGGCUGAAGUUAUUGUUUUCUGGGCUUUUAGUCAUAGCAUCCAAUACACCCGUUGGCCUUAGGCUAAGAUUUUUCAUGUUGAAGUAGGACAUAAAUUAUAAUUCUAUGAUACAGGCAUUGUUUACUAAUUCUUGUAGCUUACUGAUUUCAUAUUUGUGGAAGUUGUUACCAAGAUUGAUUUGAGAUAAUAUGUCUCCGGUUGUGUAAGAUCCUUUGGAGUUU